CAAGUGCGGCGUCGUGGUGGUGGCGGCCUGGAACGACUACAGCGUCAAGCGAAUUUUGAUAAUGGCAUGGAAAUACCCAGUGAAUUUUUGGAUGUAAGUUUUGCCGCACUUGCUGAAUGCCACUCACUUUUCUAUUGAAUACCAGAUUUAUUUCAGGGCAUUGAUGUUCGAGCGAGGAAUUUGAAGGAAUUCCCUGGAACCGUGAAAAGUUGGCGGAAGAAGUCCAUUUUGGAUAUGAUACAAGAAAAACUAAGGUCGCAGAAGUAUUAUGUGCCGCAUCGUCGCCCUGCUGGAUUAGGAUUUGGGAUUUGGCGCAAAUAUUCGUUGAUUGCAACGCUAUUAAAAUGGAAGGACGACGAUUCGAGCCCAAAUGGACGUAAAUCGGGUGCCGUAUGCGGACAGGAUCCAAGAUAUUGUGAGGAUCCGGCAUCAGUGAAGCCGUACGAAUGGCCCGAUGAUAUAACGAAAUGGCCGGUAUUUGCUUAUGCAUAUUUUUCACGAUUCGUUCUAGUCCAAAUCAUUCCCAGCCCUCCCUCCGUGCUCUAUCACUACUUGUUUCGCUUUCUGUUAAGGGCGACUGCGCUUAUAAACUGA